AUGUGUGUAGGCUGUGGGGAGGAUAUUGAAACGAUCGAGCAUAUGCUAUUCUACUGCCCAGCUGCUCAAGUGGUAUGGAAGCUUGCUCCAGUGAAGUGGGAAGGGAUAGCCGAGUUGCAAUGCAACUUUUGGAGAUGGUGGGACGCUGUGAUGCAAUCAGCAAGGGAGGUGCAAGGCUUGGAUAGAAUUCAGCUCACGGUGAACAUAUUGUGGCAAGUUUGGAAAGCUAGAAACAAAAUGACCUUCCAGACUGAGAGGGUGGAUGCAAAACUGAUUGUUGAUAAAGCACAGAGAGAAUGGCUCGAGUAUGAAGCUGAAAAUGAAACCACUGGACAGUCAGAUACAACUUCAGGAGAGAAUGGUCAGUCACAACAAAAAUGGGAACCACCUAAAGAAGGAGUCAUAAGGAUUAACAUAGAUGCGGCACUCUCAGCUAAGAUGGUCCGGACAGGCUUUGGGAUAAUUGCAAGGAAUUGGCGUGGAGAGAUAGUGAAAGCAAAAGGCAUCACGGCGAGGAGGAGAGGUGAAGCAACAACAGAGGAAGCAUUGGCAAUAAGAUGUGCACUGGAAAUGGCCAGAUCUACAGGGUGGACUACAAUAGAGGUCCAAUCCGACUGUAAAUAUGUGGUGAACCUAAUCAACUCAGGCAAUGUGUAG